AUGUUUUCUUCAUUACCAGCGGAAACAAAACUGGACAUAUUUAAAUUCCUCAAUUAUCAACAAUUAUGUUUAGUUAAACAAACAAAUUUGUAUUUUCGCGAAUUUAUUGAUAAAUAUGAAGGAGAAUUUGCUCGGGAGAAAUUUUAUGAUAUUUCUAUUGUUUAUUUUGAUCAAUAUAAAGGACGUCUUCAUACUCACAAAUUAAUUAAACCCAAAAUUGAGAAUUUUGACUUUCCACUGAAUGAACGAUUUGAAGAGAAGUGGAAACAUGGACUAGAAAACCCAAUUCAUUUGUAUUUAUCUAAUCGAUAUUCUGACAAAAAUGCUUUUUGCUUAAUUAAAGUUCGCGACUUUGAAGAACGUUAUCUUCUACAUCUACCAACCAUUAUUAAAAACAAAGAUGACUUAAAAAUUGUUUAUUAUUAUUUAAAUAAAUUGUUUAAUUGUUCUUUUCAACGUUGUUACUUCGGAGAUUUUUUCUUCAAUCCAGAAUUGAUUCAAUUAUUAUUUGGAAGAGUUCCUAAACAAUUUUAUAUUCAAGACUGCGACCUAUUUAUUAGUGCCUACACUAUUCAAAAUAUAUUUAAAUUUAUUCUGAACAAUUUAGUUGGUGAACUUCUUCGUGUUGAUUUUCUUUUAGAUGAUGACAUUACGGAAAAAUAUAUAAAUAUUUUAUUUAAAAUUAUAAUAAAUGGAGACAAAUUUAGAAAAAUUAAUUUGAAAAUUUAUAUUUGUACAAGAAAUUUUGAUCGUAAUAUGAAUGUAGCAACGCUUUAUGAUCAGAUUGUCGAAUAUAUGGCAACAUCUAGUGACUGUUCAAAAAUGAUGUCUGUUAUUGUUUUUGAUUUCUCUACUUUCACAAGUCUUAGAUUAAGUGAAAGGGCAGAAAAAGUUAGAAUUCAACAAUUGGAUGAUACAAAAUAUACAGAUUACCAAAUCGUCAAUAUUCACAAUCCAAAAGUGAGAUUCUCAUUUUGCAAUGAAGAAAAGGAAUCAUUUUCGGGUUUUGAUGUUAAAAUCGAAAUAAGGAAAGAGCAGUAUUUUGAAGUGGAAAAUAAUGUUUUUGAUUUAUCUGCCAACUACACAAAUAUUUUUAAAAAAAUAUUUCAAUUCUUUUUUCAUUUAUUUUUUUGA